GGAAUGGCGCGUGCGGGCGUGUCUCCCGGCCUCUAGAGCCUCGGAUUCCGGGGCAGCUCCGGUAGGUUUCGCGUGCGCGGGUUUAUGCAGGACUGGGGCGAGCUUGCACGUUACAUCACCGGUGCAUCGCUUCUUGCUUGCUUAAAUUAACACCACAUAGGCUUUUAUUGCGGAAAUCGCCAUAGACUCUUAAGGGCCGCGGAACGGGACGGCCUCAGUAACUGGUUUUCACACCCCCAGCAGAUCUCCGUGCCGCGGAGUUGGACGCAGACGUGGGUUCUAGGAGCUUUCAUUUUCCCCAGCUUUGCAGCUACUCUUUGGCCCCGUUAGCUUCUAGAUUGGAAGCCGAGGGGCUGAAACUCAGAAAAGCAAUUACUCUUCCCUGAUGAGGCUUCAGAGGAGCAAGAAUAGCGACAUGAUUCCACCUGCAGUCCUAUAGAGAUUGGUCCCUCUGUCUUCCCCUCACACUCGUGGCAUUUUAACGUUCCUGUGUUAUUUGAGUGCCAAAAUGAGUGACCGAUAUAUAGAACAAAGGAUUAGUAUCAAAUUCUGCGUGAAAUUGAACAAGUCUGCAAGUGAAACCCACCAUCUUUUAAAAGAAGCUUAUGGGGAUGAAGUCAUGUCAAGGGCCAGAGUUUUCGACUGGCAUAAAAGGUUUAAAGAAGGGCGGGAAGACAUUCGAGAUGAUGCCCGAAGUGGUCGUCCAGUCACCCACCGGACGGAUGAAAAUAUCCAGAAGGUCAAGGACUUGGUUUGUUCGAAUAGGCAGUUAACUGUGAGGAUGAUGGCUGAAGAGUUAAAUUUAGAUAAAGAAACCGUUAGGCUCAUUCUGAAAGAAAACUUGAAUAUGAGGAAGGUAUCUGCAAAAGUUAUAUCGGGUAUUUUGAAGGAUGAGCCUAAACCUCGAAAACUUGACUUUCGGUCUGAUCAUUCAAAGGAAACUAGGAAAAAUAGCUCAUGUGUGAGGGAAAAAGUAACAAAUUCUGAACCAUGGAGUCAUCUCCAGUGCGAAGCUGGUGGGGAAAUGCCUCUGCCUGUAUCCCAUCCCCAAAUCCCUCCUGCCAGCCAGCUGCUGCAGACUUCAUCUUCAACAAGCCUUCCCAGCAGGGCGGCUCAGGAUUGGUUCACACCGUGGUGAAAGGAAUCUGGGGUAGCUGAACCCAAACUAGAAAGCUGCCUCAAGGUUAGGCACCUUCAUUUGCCGCUCAUCUAUUUUCAGCUUCUUUACGACUCCUCUCUACAUGUCAUGGCCCUGCAACUUACUCUUUGCUGGACUCUUGGGCCAUCUUCCUUGCUGUUCUCCACAACUUUGAAGAACUUCUGGCUGUUGGCUUCUGGUACUUGCUUGUGCUUGAUUUUUCUUUUUUCUUUUUUUUUUCCUUACCAAGUUUUUUCUUCACUGUCCAGACCUUAGCUUGUUGUGACUGUCCUCUUCCUUUGUUCUCAGUAUUCUGCCUCAGGGGAUCAUACGAAUGAAAAGUGGGAGCAGGACCUCUUGGAAUCUCUCUCUCUGUGCCCAGGGAGGCAUACUCUGCUGGGAGGAUCCCAAAAGAAGGCCUACAGUUCCAGCCUGCUUCACAGUCAGGGCCUGAGGUAUGGUACAGGAGACAGUGGCGUACUGACAUAGUGAGCAAUGCUAAGGGCCGAUCCCUCCCAAAUGACUCAGUGGGAGCCCCUCAGAACUCAGGGGUUGGCCACCCAUCCUGACCUUCUCACAGACCUACCCCUCACAGAAGUGCUGGGUUUGUUUCAUUCUAGUCUUGUGCUUUGGAACCCCGCCCCCCCCUCAUUUGGGUGUAUCCCCUCUGAUGGAGGAGGAGGAUCUGGUCCUGGAAAAUAGAAACCAGGGCACUAAGGUCCAGGCUGUGAUAUGUGAGGAGGAAGACGAGGUGACACUCUAGACCUUGAAUUAAGGGAGUCUGCUGCCUACGUGCUGAUUCCCACACAGCAGCCUGUUUCUAGUAACUAAUAUCAACCUUGUCAGGUGUGUUUUUUGAGCACCUGCAGUGUUUAGAACACUGCUGAGCAUUGACAGUGUGAUAUUAUGAAAUAAGGUCACCAAGGGCUGGGUGGACUCCAUGGAUGAGGUAGUUCCUGGACUGGAUCCGUAAGGAAGGAUGGGACAAGGAGGCUAGGAAAUGAGGGCAUGCUUCCCAGGCGGGUAGAACAGCAUGAGGCUCUGAACCUCCGUCAGUAGGACAAUGAGGGCACUAUUGGCUGAAAUAGCAAAGGCCAAAGAGGAAGAUAAUGGUGUUAUACAGAAGAUAAAUAAUCUGGGAUGACUUGCUUCCUCUCUCCGCCCCCAACUCUAUGCUAGUAGUUUAUAAAUUGCUUCCCCUGAGUCUGUGGAUAGGUUUAUAUAACAGCCUACUUAUUUGAUUAUCUAAGUUUCUCAUCAAACCUUCAAAAAAGCAGUCUUUCCUAGUUGAGACUCCUUUAUCUCUUUCUGGCUCUCUGCCAGGAUUUAUGGAAUGGAACUUUUCCCAAUUGGGUUCCAAGUAAUACCACAUAGACUGGAAACAUCUCAGAGUGCCUGGUGGAGGAGUGUGUGUGUGUGUGUGUGUGUGUGUGUGUGUGUGUGUGUGUGUGUGUUGGGUGGGGGGAAUGGUUAGUAACAGCAUUUCACAGGAUUGGCCAAUGUCUAUGUUUUAACCCAAGGAUUCUUACAUUCCUAUUAUUUAACUGGUAAGUUAGUAAACAGUAUUGGUUGAUAGUAGAGGCCCAACAUUUAUUCAACACAGCUGUUUUUAGUUCUUUUCACUAUCACCUUCAAAAAAUUACAAGUUUCCCACUAAUACCUGUCAGCUUUGAGGCACUCUGAAACUUAGACCUUAUCUCACAAAUAAAAGAUAUUGUUCAGGAAAGCUGUCAAACCAAGCAACAGCUCACAGACGUCUGCCUACUUAGCAAUUUCUAGACAUUCCAUCUCAGGACCAUUACAUCUUCCUACAUCGGAUAAGGCCCUGGGCUCCCCAUAAGGCCUUUGCAACAGGGACACUGCACUUCUGGAAGAAAGCCGCCACAGCUGGCCACUUGGUGACUGAACCAAUAUUAAUCCUUGCUCAGCCCAGGGGGUAAUUGUUGCAGAAUUGUAUGCCCCUAUGCCCAGGCCAGGUUCCCACAACAGUACCUACAGGCAUUAUUUCCAAUCUGUGAUAACACAGAGGUCCUGAGAGAACUUAUUUCUGGAUUUAUCCCUGUCCUGUAAACAGGGCUGGAGUGACCCUGCCAAAGGUGCUGGACCAAGACCAUGUUGGAGAGUAGGAUACUGGAAGCCAUGUUGUCCCAGACAGGGUUUGGACGCAAAGCAACCAGAAGCAGGAUAGGAAUGGCUUUCGAUGUGCCGAGUCUACCUCUUCCCAUGCUGGGACACUCAACACGGAUGUACAUGGGAGUAUUUGAUAUUCCACACUGAGAAUACCACAUGAAUAUCAAUAGUCAUCUUAAUGAUGUAACUUAGGAAACUCGAAGGUUUGCAAAUGUUUUUGUUGGUGUCCAGAAUUACUGUGCUUUUAUUUAUAUCUGAAGAGUAAUUAUUCACAGGAUUUUCAAGUAUGAAAUGAUGUAGAUAAUUCCUGUCUAUCCAUAGAUGAAAUUGUUCUGUUGGGAAAAUGUGUCUUUCAUUGUUAUUUUAGCAAAAUGUUUACCAUUAAAAUGCCAAAUAUAUCUCCUCGGUGAAAUUUCAGAUUUUCAAAUGAGUACCCAAAGUAAAUACAUGUUUUAUAGGCAUCUAGGUUACAGAUUUGUCAAGCUGGAAAAGUUUUUCAAGGUCUAAGUCUCUUGGUCUAUAGAAAGAACAAAGGAGUGAGACUGGGGUUUGUCCUGCUCCUUAACAAGCCAUGGGACUUUGGGCAGUUCAUUUGCACCACUGGAGCACUUCAGGUUACUCAUCCAUAAAAGGAGAAUAAUAAAACCUGUCUCAUGGAGAUGUUCACUUUGUUCAUUCAACAAAUAUUUAUUGAUUGUUUAUAUGUAUCUGACCCUGUUGUAGACACUGAGGAUACAGCAGUGAACAAGACAAAAAAAAUGUUUCUUCUUAUGAGCUUACAUUUAAGUGGGGGAGACAGACAAGAAAUAAGAUAAAUGAGUGAAAAUAUAGUAUGUUAGAUAGUGAUUGUUAGAUGUGAGGCUUACAUUAAAAUAAUGUAUAUGGGGUGCCCAGCACAAUAUCUGGCAUGUAGUAAGUACUCAACAGAGAGUAAUUUCCUUUGUUUCUUCAGUCUUCCGAACAGUUCCUGAAUUAGUCUACAGCAUGGUAGUAAUCAGCGGAAGGCCUGACCCAUUGCCUUCUACCUCUUUCAAGUUAAUACGGCCUAAACCUAUUUUGCUUAAGAAGACAAAAGAAUGCUUACAGAUGUGCUUUGUACUUCCUGUAUGGCAGAUUAAUCAAGGUGGUGCCUAAACACUGUUGAUAAAUGGCAUUUUCUGAAGCCAGUUGGCAGGGGUCCUUGCUUGGAGCUAGACGGCAUUUGUCCACGAAGACAAAUGCAUUGUUUCUUUGCUGUUUAAGCAAAAUGAACUAGGAAACUGUACUAGCUGUUUCUCUUAAAAGAUGUGCGACCUUUGUUCUGUUCCAAACAUCGGAGAACUGGACAAAAUUUACAUUAUUUAUGGGAAACCAGGGCAUUGACUAAAAGCCUGGAAAAAGAGGGUUUAAUACUUGUGGUUUCUAUAUAUUUUUGCCCAUUGUAGAAAAUUUGGGAAGUUGAGAAAUGUUUAAAGAAGCAGCCAAAAGUUCACCCCUAGGAUUCAGUUAUUUCACCAGACCCAUCUCUCUGCCUUAGCUUGCUCCUUCAAAAACAUCCAGUGAAUAGUCAUUUACUGAAUUCCUUCUUUAGGCCUGGGCCUGUACUAGGCACAGAGGGUAUAGCCCUUGCCCUUAGGCAGUACUGGCCUUGUGGGGGUAGGGAAAGGGCCAGAGGUGGAGAGACCACUGGGAAUGGGCUCCUACCUUAGACUGUCAGUCUCUCCCAGAGCACAGCUCUAAGGAACAAGCUUUUGUAAAGAAUUUGGAACAAAAGUUGUUAUCAUCACAGUUAGGGUGAUUGUGGGAAUGAGAAAGUGGAGUAUAAAGAGGCAAAACACACAAAGCAAAAGCAUUGGUAAAGCAUUGGUAACUGGCCUGCUGGCCUUGCCAUCCCUGGCUCCUCUUAUGUAAAAGGGCCCUCAGUUCUGUCCUGCAGUAUCACCUUUCAGAAGAAACUAGAUAUUAGGCUGUGGGCCAGUACCCCUGUAUCUUGCUUUAAGAAUCUAAUAAGUGAAAAUUCAGAGUUACAACCCAGAUUAGAUAAGGAAAUUGGCCCAGGGAGAUUGAGUGAAUUUUCUCUAAUCACACAUCUAGUUGGUGGCAGAGCCAGGAUAAUAAUGAAGGACCUUGAAUUUCUCUCGGUCCAGUGAGGUUUUUUUCCAUUACUCCGUUAGUAAUAAUAUCCUUUACUAAAGUGUACAUUCUUAAGAUAACUUUAAAAUAAUGGUCACCCUUGCAUUUGAUAAAUGUGAUUUACCAACAACUGAUUUACAUGCAGUUUGUGGGGAACAUAUUUAUGACAGAGAAGGUGGUGCAAAGGUUUUUCCAAGUUUUCCUGGGGUGUCCAGGCCCCCUGGUCCUUCUCCCAGACUGUGUAUUCACAAGUAAAUGUUGGCAUUCUGUCAUUCAUUUUUUCCAGAUGUUCUUCCCAAGUAGUGUGUUAUGUUUUGUGUUUUUAAUAUUUCUCAUAUACAUUUUAAAAAAUCUGGGCACAUAAAUCCUAAUAAAGUUCUCAACUAUCUCUUC